CAAGUGGAUGCGUGUUGCUCUUCCCUGUUUGCCAGUCUCGUUCCAGAGGUGUGACAGCGCUUUACUGUGGAUAACUGGGAUGAAUGCUAAAUGUGAGAAAGGAUGUUAUAAUAUGAUUGUGCUGGCGUUAUGCAGGGACCCAUACGUUUUUCAUAAAGGGGAGGAUGUGAUCUGCAAGAUGUGACUGAGGAGAGCCGCAGAAGAAUAUUAAUUGGCAUCGCAGGGCUCAGCAGUAAAUUGAGAAGUCGCACUGUGGCUCCCUCCGCAGUCCACCAGGAUACUGCAGUAUUGUGGCCCUCAACACUGAAUGACAUGCCUCACAUGACUCAAACUAUAAGGAGCUGAGGGUUAAUUGGGAGCUAAAUUCACAAGACUUCCUGAAAUACAUUAAAUGGAGGUCAAAGGUCACCUGAUCACUGCCAUGGGCUUAGGCGCUCCAGAUGUCAAGGGCUGUCAGGACAGCAAGCUUCAAGCAGAGCGAAUCACAGAGCUGCAGGAGCGAAAACAGAGUCUGCAGAGCCUUUUGAACAGUCGUCUCGGAGAGCUGCGGCAAGUGUGUCUUCUGGAGGCGGAGCUCACAGGGAAGCUUCCACAGGAUUUUCCUUUAGGAGACGGGGAAAGACCUCCCUUUGUUCAGCGCCGUGCUGGCCUGGCCCCUCAUGUCACCUCAAAAGGAGAGGAUGACCCAGGUCAGAGAAGGCAGAUGAAGGCUCUCUUCAGUGGUGCCCUGCGCCGGAGCAUCGAUUAUGAUAAAAACACAUUGCACAGUAAGAGGACUGUUCAUCGGGGAUGUCACACGGAGGAAACUGUGAAGUCAGAUAGCAGUUCAAUGUCAGACUCAACAUCACAUGACAAUGAGGAUUCGUCUCCCAGUGUGGCACCUGAGCAUCGCUCCUUGUCUCACCCCCGGCUGGCCCCAGGCAGUCCUGACAGUAGGCUCUGUAGGAAGCUGUCCCCUGUGGAGAUCUACUACGAGAUGAGGACUCGUCGCAACUCAGCCUCAAGCUCUGUGAGCCCGAGUGACUCGAUGCCAAGAAGUGCAUCCAAUGUGGAGGGCAGAAGUGUUCCAGCCACACCGCUGUUGUCCCGCACUGCACCAGUCAGUGUCCAUGUGAGGCCGGAGUUGUCUGGUGGUAUUGCACUAAAGCAGUGGUGUGGCAGUCCAGAUGUUCCUCAGUUUGUCCCACUGGCAUCUUUGGAGGGCUCCUCAUCUGAGCGCCGCAGCUGCCCCUACAGCUCCCGCGCUCGCCGUAGCAACAGUUCAGAGGCGCUACUUGACCGCUCAAGUCUCCCUGAGCCCGGCCCUCCCCGCAACGGCAUGCCACCCCGAGCUGGACCAUACAAGAGCUCUGAGUCCCUCACGGAUGGGAAGCUCCGUCAGAUAUAUCAAGGCAGCCCAGAGAGUCAGAUGAUGGGCUUUAAAGACCAAGGUCGAAUGCGCUCCUCUCUUGGUGGCAGUGGCACUGGUUACAAUGAGAUUUUGAUAGACUACAUUUGGGGCAAACAGCAAAAGAGGCCCGUCCAGGCUCCACAGAACCAGUCAACAGGACGAAUCUGGCCGGAUUUCUCCACUCCUCAAACGACCACCCCUCCGCAUUAUAACGGUUUCUCACAUUCACAGUUACAUCUGGCUGCUGCUCCACCUUCCUAUAGCCCCAUGCUGCUGCGGGGUCAAGAGUCUGAACCCCGUCGGGUCAAAGUGACACGAACCAAAUCCUGCGGACCCUUCAUCCCCCAGGAUGCCGUGUUGUUCUCGGCGUAUGAUCUGUCACAUCCCUCCUCUGGAUCCACGACCUCUUCUAUUCCCAACCUGCUCCCUCACCACACAGAGCUGUCCACUGCUGCAGCGUUCGGACGCAGGCCGCCUCAGUUCUCUCUGCCCACUCCUGAGGACUCCACCCGCAGUCUGCACAAGGCACUGGCUCUGGAGGGACUCCGGGACUGGUAUCUGAGGAACGCCUUAGGCUAUUCCACUACGGCCAAAGGUCACGACGGACUUUCCAUGCGCCACUCACAUACUCACCAUCACCUAGUGCACCAGCCUCAGUCCAUCCCAGCCGACCCACUGUACUCUGUGCACCGUCAAAUACCUCAGUCAGCUUCAUUUCACGGGCAUCCCUUGCAUGCCAGGUCCGUGGAGCUCUCCCUCUACCCAGAGCCUUUCCCCUCAGAGGGGAGCACUCAAAAAGAGUCCGGCUCUGAGCCCCCUUCACCUGGAACACUGGUCUGACUGGCAGCCAACACACCCUAGGGCCUCUAAUGCAACAUGUUGCAAAAUCCAAUGCAAAAUGUCACCUUCUUAUAGGAAUGCACCGGUCUGAUACUGUGCUCAAGUAAUAGUACUCCUUAAGAAAAACUGAUAUAAUGCACCCUUAGUUUGUAGCAUAAAUGCUGCAACACAAAGAAAAAAUGACAGCAGAACAAAAAUAGCAUU